CAAAUUUUGUUCCCCUUCAGUACGCUCUAUGAUGUUCACACAAUGCCAAAAUCGCCUAACAAUGUGUUUCUCAGAAAGUGUCUCCAUUGUUAGGUGAUGCAUGGGUGUAUAUGCGUGGGAAAAGUCUGGAAAGAUGUACACCAGAUAUGGGUGAACAGAGGGACGAGAGGGAAUCUGUCAUGUUUUGCUUUAUAUGCUUUUGUAUCACCUACGUCCUCUACAAUAUGCAUGCUUUAUUUUUAGAUUAAAGCAGUUCUAUUUAAGAAAGGCUUUAUUGGGUUUAGCAACCCAGAGGUCAUGGGUAACCUUGGCAAAAGCUGUUUCAGCAGAACAUGGGAAGGAAGCCAGUUGCAGUGGGUUAAGCAGAGAAGAGGUGGUGAAGUGGGGACAGCAGCUGUUCUCUGCUUUCUCAAGAAGUUUGCCUGUGAAAAAGAAAGCACGGGAGAGCAGUAGCGAAAGCGGGUGGAACAGAGGGAGGGAGAGAAAGGCAAGCAAGUUGAAAGAAGGAGAUGUUUGAGGGGCAGGGGGCCAGAAGGCAGUAUCCUCAAGGAUGUGAGAGGCAGUGGGCCCCAGAGCCACGUGCAGGAACCCACCAGAAAGAGGAGAGACACUUCUCACGCAGACCCUAGAAGGAAGGAAGAAAGCGUGCACGCGAAUUCAGGCAAGUCUGUCGGCGGGCACUGGGGUUGCCUGCAUCUUCCUCGUCAAGAAGGAGGUGCAGAUUCAAAAGGCUCAGAGGCAGAGGUGGACUAGGCCAACUUCCACCUUCAGACCGGCAGGCUCCUCCAGAAGCCAUUAGACAGGAAGGCGUGAAAAUCCCCACCACCCACGGUAGAGUCGCCAGGCAGAGCCUUGGCCUGGAGUCAGAGUCUCAGGACAGAUCUCCCUGCUCCUCUGUGGGAACACCUCCCCUGGUGGGCCUCCUGGAUUUCCCCCUCAGCAGCUCCAAGUCAGAAGUUUCACCACAGAGGCUGCUUCACUUUUUUCCUGUCCAACAGCCCUGACUGCCACCACACCCUGAGUCACAGCGGAGGUAUCAGUGGCUGCUCCAGUCACACCAGCAGCUGUCAAGCAAAAGCAGGCCAGGGUUUAAGUUCGCCUCCAGUAUGGGAGAAUUUAACUUUGCGAAUUACUAUGAUGAAGAGUUCAGCAAUUACAGUUACAACACUGACCUGCCCUAUAUUCUACCGGACUCGGCCCCAUGCCGGCCAGAAACUCUGGAAAUGAACACAUAUGCCCUGGUCGUCAUCUACGCCCUGGUCUUCCUGCUGAGCCUGCUGGGAAACUCCCUGGUGAUGCUGGUCGUCUUAUACAGCCGGGUCAGCCGCUCUGUCACUGAUGUCUACCUGCUGAACCUGGCCAUAGCCGACCUGCUCUUCGCCUUGACCUUGCCUAUCUGGGCCGCCUCCAAGGCAAAGGGCUGGACCUUUGGCACAGGCCUGUGCAAGCUGGUCUCGCUCCUGAAGGAAGUCAACUUCUACAGCGGUAUUCUACUGCUGGCCUGCAUCAGCGUGGACCGCUACCUGGCCAUUGUCCACGCCACACGCACACUGACCCAGAAGCGGCACUGGGUCAAGUUCAUAUGCUUGGGCAUCUGGAUCCUGUCCUUCAUCCUGGCCCUGCCCGUCUUCCUCUUCCGCAAGGCCAUCUACCCGCCCUAUUCUGGCCCAGUCUGCUACGAGGACAUGGGCGCCAACACAACAAAAUGGCGGAUGGUGAUGCGGGUCCUGCCCCAGACCUUCGGCUUCCUCGUGCCACUGCUGGUCAUGCUGUUCUGCUACGGUCUCACCCUGCGCACGCUGUUUCAGGCCCACAUGGGGCAGAAGCACCGGGCCAUGCGGGUCAUCUUUGCUGUCGUGCUCGUCUUUCUGCUCUGCUGGCUGCCCUACAACCUGGUCCUGGUCUCAGACACCCUCAUGAGGCUCCAGGUCAUCCAGGAGACCUGUGUGCGUCGCAAUGACAUUAACCGGGCCCUGGACGCCACCGAGAUUCUGGGCUUCUUCCACAGCUGCCUCAAUCCCCUCAUCUACGCCUUCAUUGGCCAGAAGUUUCGCCACGGACUCCUCAGGAUCAUGGCCAUCCACGGCCUGGUCAGCAAGGAGUUCUUGGCCAAGGACAGCAGGCCUUCCUUUGUGGGCUCUUCUUCAGGGAACACUUCUACCACGCUCUAGGGCACCCCACCCCUGUGGCAGCCCCUCAGGACUCCUCCCUUCCCCUCAGCAUCCCAUUCCAAGCCUCACGGCCACUGGCUGCUCACAGUCUCCGGGUCAAGGAGCCGCCAUCGUGGCUACAGGAAGUUCCGAGGCCACGUGCUUCCCGGGUGCCCGCAGUAUGGCUUAGAAAGCCUGCCCUGGUGCCCCUGCCCUGCCAGAAUUGCUGUGUCUGCUGCCAGAGCUCUGUCCGCCCAUCCGCUGAGCCCACAGCACUCUGUCUUCUGGGACAUUUGAAAGACGUUCUUUCAAGUGACUACAAAACCUUCCUGCCACUGGGAGCCAUCAGUGGUGACACCAUCAGUGCCUCCCCAGCUCUCCCUUUGCCGCCUGCUUGCCCGGUCCAGCUCCCUUGAGAGAGGCUGAGAAUGACAGAUGCUCACUUUCCAAGACCCCGUUAAGCUAGGAGUGGCCGUAUCACCCCGUUCUGACUAACAGUGUGCUGGUAAACUCCACUUCUGGGGAAAAUGUCCUGAUCUGCAGCGUUCGCCAAGUUCCCUGGUUUAAAUGCUGCCACCAUGGCCAUUUGAAGGGUGGUGGUGUUUAGCAAUCAGCUCACAAAAUUCUAGAGAAUGUAAUAAUCUGCUUUCCUAAGCAGAUACAAACUGGCUUCAACGCACCAUUGCUUAAGAGGAAGCCUGCUGGGGCUGGGGGACUCCUGAGAAAUAUUCCUGAUUAAAAAGAGAGAGGCCCACACACAUAUAUCCCUGGUCCUUGCCUUUGAAUAUGGUUAUAGAGUAUGAUAUUUGGAGCUGAGGCAGCCACUUUGUGACAAUAGGGCAAAAAGCCCAACAUACUUAGACUGAUGGAGCCAGAGGAUCAAAAGAACCUCAGAAUAAAGAGCCUGGAACUAAACCUAAGCAUAAAGAGUCAAAUGAUUUUCAAUAAGGGUGCCAAGAUUAUUCAAUGGGGAAAGGAUAGUCUUGCAACAAAUGAUGCUGGGAAAAUUAGAUGCUCAUAUGCAAAAGAAUGAAAUUGGUCCCUUUCUUUACACCAUAUACAAAAUUAACUCAAAAUGGAUCAAACACCUAAACAUGUGAGCUAAAACUAUGAAUCUCUUAGAAGAAAACAUAGGGAGAAAUCUUCGUGACAUUGAAUUUGGCAAUGAUUUCUUGGAUAUGACACAAAGGCAUAGGCAACAAAAGGAAAAAUAGAUAAAUUGGACUUCAUCAAAGUUAAA